GAGUUGGUUCUGUGAUAUUCGGGGGAUGGGCCGGGAUUGUCCGUCCUGAUCUGGUCUCGUGUGUUUCAGAUGUGAGCGGGGAGAAUGUUCCCAAGAGGCAGGAGGUGGAGUCCCAGAAGGGGCCACAGGGACCGGCCAGCGCUGCUCCCCUGGACCUCAACUUCCCCCUCCCUGGGGAGAAGGGGCCGGCGUGUCUAGUAAAGGUGUAUGAGAACUGGGACAGUUUCAAGGUGAAUGACGUGCUGGAGGUGUUCGGGGUGUUAUCGGUGGAUCCGGCGCUGAGUGCCGUGGAUGAGGACAGGGAUCGGCUCUGCGCUUGGUUGGACCCGGCGGACGGAAUGGACACUGUGGAGGAGCAGCGAGUACACAGUCCUCCCACGUCUCUGGUGCCGCGGAUCCACGCCGUCAUUGUACAGAAACUUCACCACAAUAACCCGCUGAUCCCGACUUCUGUCUGUGAGACCCAGGAGAGUAAGCAAUGUGACUUCAUGGCGGAGUUGUCCUCGGUGCGGUCAGAACUUCUGGGCUUUCUGACGCACGCUCUGCUGGGGGACGGCCUGGCUGCAGAGUAUCUCAUCUUCCACCUCAUCUCCACCGUGUACGCUCGGAGGGAUGUGCUGCCGCUGGGGAAGUUCUCUCUGAAUCUGAGCGGCUGUCCUCGGAGUGGAGACUACGCGCAGCACUUGUACCGCGUGGUGGAGCAGCUGGUGCCGGCGUCCUAUUACCUCCCGAUGACCAUUGAGAACAUGAACGGCCUUCGCUUCAUCCCCCAGAAGGAUUACACCGCCAACCGCCUGCUGAGCGGCGUCCUGCAGCUCUCCUCUCACACGUCGCUAUUGGUGGAUGAGACUCUGCUGGAGCAGGGCCAGCUGGACACCAAGGGUGUGCGCAAUGUCACCGCUCUGGGUAAUGUGAUCACCUGGCAGAAGGUGGAUUAUGAUUUCAGUUACCAUGGCAUGGAGUUCCCGUGUAAUGUGAAUGUUCUCGUCGCCUCGGAGGGCCGCUCGCUGCUUCCGUCGGACUGUCAGGUUCGCUUGAUGCCGCAGCUGACGCCCCCCGAUGUGGAUCAGUAUAUGGCGGCUUUGCUGUCCGCUGUCCCGCCGUCUCUGCUCAACAAGUUCCGGGUAUACCUCGGCCUCCUGCGGCUCGUGGACUACAGCAUCUCCGAGGAGGUCACCAAGUCCGUUGAAGAUGAUUUUGUGGAGACGAGGAAAGACGAUCCGCAGAGUAUGAGCGCCGACGACCUCCACAGAUUGCUGCUCGUGGCCCGGUUGCUGUCCCUCAGUUGUGGUCUCAGAACUCUGUCCCGGGACCGCUGGCUCAAAGCCAAAGAGCUGGAAACGCAGAGGAGAAGUCGCCUCCGAGACCAGAAACAUUUCAGUGGCAAUGAGAUUUAA